GCCGCCACCCAAGCCCCAUCCGCGUAUUCGUCGCCUCGUGGUCGCCCUCAUCCUCGUAGUGGUGCUAGUGGUCGUCGUCCGUGUCGGUUGGCGCCCGCCGUCGUCGUGUCGGUCGUGUGCGUAUAUCGAGAGGUGUCUGCGCCAGCGAGGAAGCCGCCGCCGGAAUCACGUGAUCGCGGAGUACGGUAUUACCGUGUAUAAUCGGGGACAUGGCGGACAAGGACGAGACCGAGAAGACCAUCGCCGAGGACUUGGUUGUCACCAAGUAUAAAAUGGCCGGCGAGAUCGUGAACCGAGUAUUGAAGCAAGUUCUAAACAAAUGUGUUGUUGGAGCCUCCGUGAGGGAAGCAUGCGAGUUUGGUGACAAAAUACUUACAGAGGAAACUAGCAAGGUCUUCAAAAAGGAGAAGGAACUUAAAAAGGGUAUCGCUUUUCCAACGUGCAUAUCAGUCAACAAUUGCAUUUGCCAUUUCUCUCCUAUCGCCAGUGAACCUGAUCUCAUUCUCAAAGAUGAGGAUAUGGUUAAAGUUGAUCUUGGAGCACAUGUUGAUGGUUUCAUAGCUGUAGUGGCACACACUAUCGUCAUAGGAUCCUCACCGGAGAAGAAAGUAUCAGGCAGGAAAGCAGAUGUAGUUUUAGCUGCGCACUAUGCUUCUCAAGCUGCAUUAAGGCUUUUAAAGCCAGGUACAGAGACUUAUACGAUAACGGGCACCGUAGAGAAAAUAUGUGAUGCCUACAAAUGUAAACCGAUCGAAGGUAUGCUAAGUCACCAAUUAAAACAAUUCAAGAUCGAUGGGGAGAAAACGAUAAUCCAGAAUCCGAACGACGCGCAAAAGAAGGAGCAUGAAAAGUAUACCCUCGAGACUCACGAGGUGUAUGCAAUGGAUGUAUUGGUUAGCACGGGUGAAGGAGUAGGGAGGGAACAGGACACUCGGGUUACGAUAUACAAGAAAACAGAAGAGACAUAUCAGCUUAAACUGAAGGCGUCUCGCAUGUUUUACUCAGAAGUCUCCCACAAGCAUGGUCUCAUGCCUUUCAAUUUACGUACCUUCGAAGAUGAGAAGAAAGCAAAGAUGGCUGUUGUCGAAUGUGUAAAUCAUAGGUUGAUCGAGCCAUUCCAAGUGCUGUAUGAGAAGCCAAACGAGUACGCGGCGCAAUUCAAAUUUACGGUACUCUUGAUGCCUAACGGACCUCAUAAAAUUACUGGAAUUCCCUUUGACCUCGAUAUGUAUCAGUCUGACUGUGUCGUGGACGAUCCUGAAUUGAAGAACCUUUUAUAUUCCUCGGCAAAUCCGAAAUCGGCGAAGAAGAAGAAAAAGAAGGCCGAGAAAGCUGUAGGAGACGUCGCCAUGGAAGUCGAUGCUAAGGCCUAACACUGUCAUUUUAACACACCCCAUGACUUACCGGCAUCGUGCACUACUCCGAUACUUUUUAUUUAGCGAUCCAAGAGAACCAAGGCUGGACACUUUCGAACGUUUCGAUCACUCAACAAUCGGCGUAGCCAUACCUUCAUACGGACAUUGCACAAAUUACAAAUGUCAUGUCUUGCAUUUCCAUGCUUUGCAUCGUCCCUAUAUGAAUGAUCAGCAAUUGUCUGGUCACACAUCUAUAUAUUUCAUUCAUUCGAGGAAAGUGUCGAGUUUUGCUGCUCUGCCGAGAAAAUUAAACUUUUAUCACAUUACAAGACAACACAUUACGCCACAACUUUAUCAACGCUUAAGUUUUUAUACCAGACCAUCUUUUAAUAGACUAUGGUAUUAUUAUUAUAUACAGAUUGAUGAUUAAUUCAUAUGCAAUUAUUGUAGAUUGCGUUUCAAUCUAACUAACAUUUCGUACGUAACAAAUCUUGUGUGAUCGUUUUCUAAUCUAAACAUUUAGAUUGGCCGAGUUAAGAGAAGUGAAUCGUAUAGAUCCAAAAUAUAUCGAUGACUAUUUUCGCUUAUCCGUAAUUGAAUUGAUAAAGUUACAUGGACUACAUUUAUUCGAUUCAUGUGCAAAUUAUUAUUUAGACAGUGUCAGAAAAUUUGAUUUUCUGGACAGGCGAGUUGUGUAAUAUUAUAACUUUUGAAUAUUUGCGCAAAAUAUAAUUCUCUUUCAUGCUGGUUCUGCGCAAUUUUGUAUCCAGCUAUGAAAACUAUACUAUAACGUUCAACUUCAAAUUGUACAAUUGGAGGAAUGUCCGUUCUUGGACGCUGCAUAAACAAUGAAAUGCCAAUGACUCCUCGAGUGUUUCGUUGCGAAAAUACCCCCGACCGACAAAAAAAAAGAUAAAAAAAAAUUAUUAUAUAAGUCUUUUCUACUCUGCGCAAAUUAUGAGUUGUGUGCGGAGUAUGAAUUGUUAGUAGCAACUGGAAAUGCAUCUUUAAUAUUGAAUGAAAGUUUAUUUGAGCGAGACGUGAUAUAGACUUUCGCAAGAAAACAUAUUCUUGGAAAGUAAUAUUGACUUUUGCCGACUUGCUACGAGCCGUAAAUUAUAAAAAUUAAUAUUAUGUAAUAAUAGUUUUAUAUAAGAAGGAUUAUUAGAUAAAAUGUAUCUGUUAUAGAUAUUUUUUCUACUCAAGUUGUGCAUACGUCGAAUGUUACAAAGUGUGCUUGUAUAACAAAAGAUCAUUGUGCACUGUCCAUCAUUUGCCUGUACAUCUUUUCAUCAAUUGCAAUCAUGUUUGGAACGUGAUUAUUGGUAAUAUCUAGAGAGACUUUGAUAUUUUCUUCUGAGAUUUUCAAAUUAGAUGAGAAAUCUUGACGAGUUAAGAAUAAAUUAUAUAUACACAUACAUGCACACAGACACACGUAUAGUGUAACAAAACGAUUGUAUGAAAUUUUUUGCAAACGAGGGCUGUGCACAAAAUUCAUACGCGGUAUAAAAUUUAACUUGGUGAAGUGAAAGGUAAAACAAAGAAAUUGUUAUAAAAAUGCUUGACGAUAAGUUGAUAAGUAUAAAUUUUGACACGUGCAUAUA